ACCGGAGCAAGUACAUCAUAAUUUUCAUCUCAACAUCAUAUUUACUCCCAACUUAGAUGAAUAUUAAAAAAAAAAAGAGUAUGAUAAUGGAAAAAUUGGGAUUUUGUAAGAUGGGAAAAUUGAUGAAAGAUGAGGUGAGUGAGUUAUAACGUUGGGAAGCUACAAAGUGUCAAAACUGUAUUCCAAAAAAAGACGUCUCCCUUUUGCUCUCAUAAAAAGCCAUUUCCCUUUUUCCUCUGCUACGUCUUCUUCUUCUUCUUCAUUUCUUCAUUUCUUCCCUUUAACGCACACAAACCCACAGAGCUUCUUUCUCUCUUCGUUUUUGUCCUCUCUUUCUCUCUCUCUCUCUGUGUACCAACCCUUUUCCUCGAUUCAAGAAACGCUGUUUUUCUCCCUGUUUUUCACUCAUUCCAACAGCGCCAAAAGAGGAGAAAAGGGGGUAAAAGGGAAGGGGGCUAAAACAAAAAUUAAAAAACAUUAUGUUGUCAAGAGUUAACAGCAUGGUUUGGAUGGAUGACAAAGAUGGAGAAACCGCUUCCUGGGAUCAAAAAACCAUGAACAACGGUAACGUGAAUGAUCCGAAUAACGGCGGCGGUGUUGUUAAUUUGGAGAACAAAGAGCAUAUGGAGUUGGGUUCGCUCCCUUCUUUCAAAUCCAUGCUCGGAGUUGAAGAAGAUGACUCCGACUGGUACCUGGGCGGCGGCAGCGGUAAUCAGAAUGAUAAUGCUAACAAUGGUGGAAACAUGCAAGCUCAUCUGGACAUGAGGGACAUUUCUUUCUCGGCGAGUUUCACUAACGACGCCGACCACCACCAGAACCUGAUUCUCCAGCCGGUGGACUCCUCGGCGUCCUGUUCGCCGUCUCCGGCCUCUGUUGUUUUUAACAACCUUGACCCUUCUCAGGUCCACCAUCAUUACUUUAUGCAGCCCCCACCUAAGACUAACAUGCUGGUUGGCCUCAAUGCGCUGGCCUCAGCCCAAUUGGACAACGGUGGGUUUGAUUUGAGCUGUGAAAGCUCGUUCCUCGAUAAUCAUCAAGGUCUGAAUGCUUUCGGCAGAGGUGGGGUGGGGGUUUUGGGGGGAGCUUUUACUGAUUUAGGUUCACAGAGUCAGUUGGGGAGUCCGAAUUUGAACUCGGGGACUCAAUUUUCCAAUGCCCAUUUGCUCCAAAUGCCUCAACCUGGUGUUGGAUUUGGGAGUUCACUGGGGGGUUUUGGAGAGGGUUCUGGUAAUGUUAAUUCUUUGUUUUUCAAUAGGUCUAAGUUACUCCAGCCUUUGGAUAAUUUUACUUCAAUUGGGUCACAACCCACCCUGUUCCAGAAAAGGGCUGCAUUGAGGAAGAAUUUGGCUAACAGUAGUAGUAAUCUGGGAGUUUUGGGUGGGGAAAUUGGUCAUAGUUCUGGGAAUAACGAAGGAUAUGAUAAGAACAAGGAAGCUGUUGAAGUGGGUGGAUUAAAGAGGAAGAUUAGCAUUGGUGAUGAUUUUGAGGAUGCUAGUAUUGAUGGGUCCAACUUGAAUUAUGAUUCUGAUGAGUUUUUGGACACUACUAAUAAUAACAACAGUAAGUUAAUGGAAGAAGCCGGUAAAAAUGGUGGAAUUAGCUCCAAUGCUAAUAGCACAGUCACCGGUGGUGGCGGUGAGGAUCAGAAAGGGAAGAAGAAAGGACUUCCGGCCAAGAAUUUGAUGGCCGAAAGGCGCCGCCGCAAGAAGCUCAAUGAUAGGCUUUACAUGCUGAGAUCCGUUGUUCCAAAGAUUAGCAAGAUGGACAGGGCUUCAAUUUUGGGCGAUGCAAUCGAGUACUUGAAGGAACUAUUGCAGAAGAUUAACGAUUUACAGAAUGAACUGGAGUCAACUCCUACCGCCUCUGCAUUAACUCCCACCACACCAUUCUACCCUUUGACUCCUACUGGUUCUGCCCUGCCUUGCCGCAUCAAAGAAGAAUUUUGUCCAAGUGCUUUUGCAAGUCCAUUAUCAAGCCCAACUGGACAACCUGCUAGGAUUGAAGUAAGGCUCAGAGAAGGACGAGCUGUAAACAUUCACAUGUUUUGUGGGCGGCGACCAGGUCUCCUUCUUUCAACAAUGAGGGCUCUUGACACCCUUGGAUUAGAUGUUCAACAAGCUGUCAUCAGCUGCUUCAAUGGAUUCGCUCUGGACAUCUUCAGGGCCGAGCAAUGCAAAGAUGGCCAAGAAAUUCCUCCAGAACAUAUCAAAGCUGUACUUCUGGAGUCAGCUGGCUUCCAAGGGAUGGUCUAAAGUUUUUCUUCCCAGUGCCAAAGAUAAGAAGAGUUCUAGCCCGCGAGACUUAAUGUAGAGUUCGACGUUGCUGCGCGCAUCAGUAAUCCAGUGAUCUGCUGGCACUAAGUUUGUUCUUCGCCGUUCAUAAUAUGCUAACUUAGGCAGUCAGUUUCACUGACUUUCUUUAGAUUUAUCUUGCAUUUACAUAGGUUUAAGGCAUUAUUUCUCGCAUUUUUACUGUCAAAACUCUCAACUACCUUUUGUUAUUAUGGCGUAAAGCACCUGUUCUAUAUUUCCUGUUUCUCAAUAUCUCUUCUUUAAAGUGCUUUUUUUCCUUCUCUAGCUGAAGCUAAAAAUCAAUGAACAGGUAUAGGUAUAUCUGGGCACAGGAAGAACUGUUUAUGGCAAUGUAUACAUCUGCCUUAGUUCUUACUUCUCCUACCUG